AUGGCCUCGAUGGUAAUGUUAUGGGACGGCCGCACCGGCGACAGCAGCGCCGCCAGCAAGAGGUCCGCCGCCGCCCUGGGCUACACCUCGGACCGCUUCGUGCUGCAGCUGCUGCCCCGAGGCGGCCCGCGCCGCGCCCCCGCCAUCCACCGAGGCUACCACGUCCGGGCGCGAGCGGUGGAGCGGAGCGUGCGGGACUUCCUGCUGGGCACUCGGGGCCACCCGCGCAGGCAGGUGGUGUCGCUGGGCGCCGGCUGGGACUCGCUCUACUUCUGCCUGAAGGCGGCGGGGCUGCUGGCGGGAAGCGGCGGGCGGUUCUUCGAGGUGGACCUCCCGGAGGUGGCCUCCCGCAAAGCGGCCCUGAUCUCCGGCUCGGCGGAGCUGCGCGCCUUGGCGGGAGGCGCGCCCUUCGCCUCCCCUGCAGGGAGCGUCAGGUUUUCCGGGGAAGAUUACCGGCUCCUGGGCGUGGAUCUCUCGGAGCUAGCUCUGCUGGAGGGGGCCCUGCGUGACGCCGGCCUGGACCCCGCGACGCCCACCCUGAUCCUUGCGGAGGUGGUCCUGCCCUACAUGGAGGUCGAGAGGUCAAAUGCUCUGAUUCAAUGGGCAGCCGCGCACUUUCUGAGCGCCUGGUUCAUUCUGUACGAGCAGAUUCAUCCCAGCGACCCGUUUGGCCGUAUCAUGCAAAAUCACUUCAGCCGCCUACAGUCUCCGCUCCGCUCCCUAACCACCUACCCAGACUGCAAGGCCCAACAGAUGCGCUUUCUCCAGAGGGGCUGGACGGAAUGCCACAUCAUGGACAUGAACGAGUUCUAUGGGCGCUUUGUUCCUAGAGAAGAGCAGAAGAGGAUUCAAGCUCUGGAGCCCUUUGACGAAUUCGAGGAAUGGCACCUGAAGUGCUCCCAUUAUUUCGUCCUGGUCGCAUCCAAGGGAGAGGCCUCCUUUGCACCUCCUGCGUUUUCCAGGACGGAAGGUGGGGCAGUGGCUGGCCUGAAGCGCUACGGCCAUUGUUCGGUGCUCCUCGCCCCGGACGUGAUUCUAACCGCUGGAGGUUUUGGGGACCACGGUGGGCGCCACUGCCGCCUGACUGAGCUGCAUAUGCUGGUCAAGCACGAGGAUGGUUGGAGAAGCGACAAGGUCAGGCUGGCCAAGCUAGGGACGGCUUGGGACGGGCGGCUUUUCCACACCACGAACGUCCUGUGCUCGGGCUGGGCUGUCGUGCUCGGUGGCCGCAAGUCCCCAGUCAGCCCUGCUCUGCCACCCCUUCGCUUAAGGGGGCUGGCAGAUGCCGAUCCUUUGAGCCCUGGCAGUCCCAUCAUUGAGCUUGCUCUGCUGCCGCCUGUGGAGGGCCUCUCCGUGCCCCGCUGGAGACACACCGCCACCGAAGUCACCCAUGAAGGACAGGCUUACCUCUUCGUCUACGGAGGCUGCAGUUCUGGGCAGUCGGUGCGAGCCGAUUGGUGUUUUCUGCUUUUGGAGGGGCUCCACCGCCAGCAGAUUCCAGUGGAGGGUCCCGUUCCAACCGGCCGUCACUCGCACAGUGCCUGCAGCUGGGCUGGGGGGGUGCUCAUCGCCGGCGGCCUGGCAGCCUCUGAGGAGCCGCUGGGCAGCCUCCUGUUGCUGAAGCCGGCCGCCAGAGGCUUCCGGUGGCAUUCUCUCGAGACCUGCCCCCCGCUCACGCCCAGGUAUUCACACACGGCUCACGUGCACCGUGGGAAGCUUUUGCUCGUGGGUGGGGUCUGGCUGAGCCCUCCUUCGGUGCCAGGCGUUGCCGUGAUAGACCUGGCGACAGGGGCCCUGGCGGAGUAUCGUAUUGACACAACGUUUCUGGAGUGGCCCCUGAUGUUACACAACCACAGCAGUGUCUUCGUGCCUGACAGGGAGGAGAUGAUUCUUAUUGGGGGGGGCGGAAACUGCUUCUCUUUUGGGACGCAUCUGAACUGGUUGCCUGUCCGCCUGGAUCUGAGCAGCAUCUGGACAGCUGGGCCUUGACAUCUGGCGGGUCAAGAGGACAGGAGAUGGGCCGAAGAAGCACUGGGUGAUACAGUGGACUGGACUCCUUGCGUUCAAGAACAUCCUCCGGCCCGGCCCAUUGGACACAGUGGCAGCUGCGGUCCUGCUCCACGAAGAUAAUUCCGUGGGUGACCCCUGGCUGCUGGGGCAAGGGGUCCAGGCACAGGAGGUCACCCACCCUAAAAUGAUCGGUCCUGCCUCCUUUGCUACCUCCUGGACAGCGGCCACUGUCAGAGGGUCCGGUAGGUUUCUGGGGAAUUUUUACAGUUUCCUUCAUCUACCCUCUCCUCUGCUUCCCCUGUGCCAACCUUCUUGUGCAGCAGCAUUUUCUACUGAUUUCAGCUGCCUGGAGGGAGCGACACUGAGCAAAAGGGGUUUGUUCCCAGUGGAAAGCAAAGCCAUUUUCCUUCCAGGGGUGGACCUCUAUCGUAUAGGCCAUUCUGUGUUCAGUUCUGAGCCUCUGGGUUAUAUCCCAAAUAAUUGUAAUUAUCUCCCGCUAAGUAGGUGACACUGUUCAUUUAAUAGCAGCAUAGCAAAUACAAGAUUUUGCUAUAUUUGAAGGGAUCAGCUGCAGUGAGUAAAAA